AUGCCUCAAACAAACGGCUUUAAGCCCAGCGACAAGAGCGCAGAGACGUUUAAGUCAGCCAAUCAAGACCUAGACUACGAUGUCUUGAUCAUUGGCGGGGGACUGAGCGGCAUCUUUUCGCUGUAUCGUGUUCGUGAACUUGGCUUACGAGUCAAAGUACUUGAAGCUGGUUCCUCAGAAGGUGGCACCUGGUUCUGGAAUCGUUACCCUGGAGCUCGGUUUGACUCAGAAAGCUACUCGUACAUCUUCUCUUUCUCUCAAGAGGUACUGUAUGAGUGGGAUUGGUCCGAGCAUUUCUCUCCCCAAACAGAGACCUUACGCUACAUCCAGUAUCUCACCAAGAAAUUUGACCUGAAAAAAAACAUGCAGUUCGAAACCCGCAUUCAAUCAGCAAAGUUCCAGGAAACCUCUAAGUCGUGGCUGCUGACCGACUCAACUGGCAGCACAUAUACUUGCCGCUACCUUAUCACGGCGAUGGGCAUUCUAAACGAGCCUACUUUGCCCAACAUCCCUGGCGUUCACAGCUACAAAGGAGAGGCAUGGCACACAGCUCGUUGGCCGGGUGAAGGUGUAAGUCUUGAAGGAAAGCGCGUGGCCAUCAUCGGGACAGGCGCAACUGCCAUUCAGAUUAUUCAGGAGAUUGCGAAGACGGUUGGCUCUCUGACUGUCUUCCAACGCACUCCAAAUUGGACUGCACCGCUACGAAACACGAAGAUCAGCCCUGAAGAAAUGACGAGUAUUCGAGAGCGUUAUCCCGAAAUUUUUCGACAAUGCCUUAAUUCUUACGCAUGUUUCAUUCACGUUGGUAAUACGAAGAGUGUGUUCGAUAUGGAAGUAGCGGAACGUCUCGAACAUUGGGAAGCCCUUUAUGCACAGCCAGGAUUCGCAAAGGUCUUGAGUGUCUCGGGUGACAUUUAUACCAAUCGAGAGGCAAACAAGCUUUACAGCGAUUUUCACGCCAGUAAGAUCCGUCAGCGCGUCAAUGAUCCAAAUAUCGCUGAGAAGCUUAUUCCCAAGAACCACGGUUUUGGUACUCGUCGGGUUCCUCUGGAAAGUGGCUACUACGAGGCUUACAAUCAGCAAAACGUCAGUCUAGUUGACCUGACCAUUAAUCCGAUUGAGCGGAUAACAGAUAAGGGCAUUAAAACAAAGGAAGAGGAUUUCGAAUUUGACGUCAUCAUUUACGCAACUGGAUUCGAUGCCGUCACCGGCUCGUUCCGAGCGGUUGACUUCCAGGGCGUUGGAGGGACUCUGCUCUCACAUGUCUGGAGUGAAGGUAUCCAGACCUUCCUCGGGCUGACCGUCAAGGGAUUUCCAAAUAUGUUCAUGAUUAUGGGACCUCACCAGAUGUUUGGAAACAUUCCUCGCAGCAUCGAGUAUGCUGUGGACUGGGUGGCAGAUUUUAUACAGCACGCACGCGACCAUGGUAUCACCUCUGUCGAGGCUACCGACGAAGGCAUGCGUAUGUGGACGGAGCAUGUCUGGCAAUGUGGCGAGGGCUUGUUGGCAAAUGAGGUGGAUUCUUGGAUGACUGGCGUCAACAAAAACCUGACUCACAAACAAAAGAGGUCUAUGACGCGCUAUAAUGGACCUGCGCCUGGCUACAGGAAGAGAUGCGAUGAGGUACGAGCUAGGGAAUAUUCUGAUUUUGUGCUUUGUUGA